AUGAGUGAAUCAUUAUCUCCAGAACAAGUCUCAGAAUUCAAACAAGCAUUCGAUAUUAUUGACAGAAACAAGGAUGGCGUUAUUACUAUUGAUGAUUUGCACGAAUUAAUGAAGUCAUUCGGCAAGGAAUUAAUACACGCUGAAUUAAAGGAUAUGAUUCGCCAUGCAGAUGCAGACGGUAAUGACGAAGUAGAUUUUACAGAGUUUAUGGCCUUAUUAUCGCGCCAACUUAGACAAAAUGACUUAACUGACGAAUUAAGAGCCGCUUUCACCUUAUUUGACAAGAAUGGUGACGGAUUUAUAACUAAAAACGAUUUGGGACCAAUAUUACAGACACUUGGCUAUGAUACAAGCAGUGAAAACCUCAGAAGAUUAAUUAACGAAGGAGAUAGAGACCGUGAUGGAAAAAUAUCAUUUGUCGAAUUCUGCAAUGUUAUGCAAUCCAACUAA